AUGCAGCCCGAACGGCCGCCGCAGCCCGCGGCGCACGGAGCAGCGGUGGCGCGCGGAGAUGGGGCGGAGGAGGCGGAUGGGGAUGGCACCGCAGCGGCAGCGGCGAUGUGCGCCGCGGAGGUGGCGGGCGCGCUGGAGACGGUGCAGCUGGGCCUGGCGGAGAUGGCUGACGCGCUGCGCCGCCUGGCAGAAGGAGCGCCCAUAGACUUGCCCUUUGCAGAGCUGCGUUUCCUCGCCUCCAUCUCGCCCCACCACCUCGCCUCCAUCACGCCCCACCUCCUCGCCUCCAUCACGCCCCACGCCAUGGCUCCCCUCCCUGCUGCCCCCGCGCCCCCCCACCCGUCUCUCCAUGUGCCCGCCGCUUUUGUCACUCCACCGCCACCUGCUGCUGCUCUCACCCCCGCUGCCCCUGCUCCCCCCUCUGCCGCGCCUCCUGCCUCUGCCUCUGCCUCUGCGGCACUCCGCUCACCGCCCACCCGCCCGGUCCCUCCCGCUCCUCCUUCCCUCCCGCGUCCCCGUGCUGCUGCACGUGCCCGCACACCUUGUGCUGCACGCACCCAAGUGCCGCCACUCCCGCCCCUGCCCGCUCUGGAUGCCUCCUCGCCCGCCGCGCAUCCUCCUGCUGCCCCGCCGUCCCUGCCUGCCACUGCUGCUGCCGCUUCUGCUGCACCUGCUGCUGCCAGUGGCGGGGCUGCAGGGGAGCGCGUGCGGCGUUCCCCCCGCCUGCAGCAGCGCCUCUUCACCGCCCCCCGCCCGGCCUCCCCUGCCGCACCCACCGCCGCUGCACGCCCCACCAGUGCAGACAGCAGCAGGGCGACGGCGGCAGGGAGGGCGGGGGCGGGCGUGGAGCGGGCGGCGAUGAGAGAGUGGGUGGAGCGGGAGACGUGGCGCGUGCGGCGGCACAACCCCCACAUGGCGCCCGGUGAGGCCCGCCUCGUGGCGCUCGCCCGCUGGCGCCGAGAGAAGCGGCAGCGCCUGCUGCUGGUGGGCCGCGAUGGUGGGCAGGCGGGGGGAGGGGCGGGCCGAGCAGACGCGGAGGCGGACGAUGAUGAGGCGAGCGCAGGGAUGCACGCGGGUGGGAGGGAGGGCGGCGCGGCUGAUGAUGCGGCGAGCAGGGCGUGGGGAGUUCUGGGUGAGCUGGGGGUGAGGGAGGUGAGGGAGGAGGAGUUGGAGGAGCUGGAGGAGGAAGAGGAGGGGGACGAGGAGGAGGAGGAGGAGGAGGAGGAGGAGGAGGAGGAGGAGGAGGAGGAGGAGGAGGAGGAGGAGGAGGGGGAGGAGGAGGAGGAAGGUGAUGAGGAUGGAAUGGAGGGCGAAGGAGUGGGGGAGGGCGAGGAGGAGAGCGACGUGGUGGAGGUGCCCUUGCCCGUGCCUGGGCGGGCGGGGCUACACCGCUCGCCUGGCAGCAGCGCGGGCGGUGCAGGCGAGGAGGGAGUGCAGGGGGAGGAGGAAUCGGGGGGGGAGGAGGAAGCAGAUGGGGAGGAGGAAUCGGAGGGGGAGGAGGAAGCAGAUGGGGAGGAGGAAUCGGGGGGGGAGGAGGAAGCAGAUGGGGAGGAGGAAUCGGAGGGGGAGGAGGAAUCGGAGGGGGAGGAGGAAGCGGAGGGGGAGGAGGAAGCGGAGGGGGAGGAGGAAUCGGAGGGGGAGGAGGAAGCGGAGGGAGAGGAGGAAGCGGAGGGAGAGGAGGAAGAAUUGGAGGGGGAGGAGGAAGCGGAGGGAGAGGAGGAAUCGGAGGGGGAGGAGGAAGCGGAGGGGGAGGAGGAAGCGGAGGGGGAGGAGGAAGCGGAGAGAGAGGAGGAGGCGGAGGGAGAGGAGGAAGAAUUGGAGGGGGAGGAGGAAGCGGAGGGGGAGGAGGAAGCGGAGGGGGAGGAGGAAGCGGGGGGGGAGGAGGAAGCGGAGGGAGAGGAGGAAGAAGCGGGGGAGGAGGAAGCGGAGGGGGAGGAGGAGGAAGCGGAGGGGGAGGAGGAAGCGGAGGGGGAGGAGGAAGCGGAGGGGGAGGAGGAAGCGGAGGGAGAGAGGAGGAAGCGGAGGGAGAGGAGGAAGCGGAGGGAGAGGUGGCGCAGCUUGGGGGGCGAGGGAGCGGGUGGGGAGGAGCGAAUGGAGGUGGAGGGGAGGGAGGAGAGCGAUGUGGUGGAGGUGGUUGGGGAGGGCGAGACGACGCAAGAGCAGGGCGGUGGGGCAUGCAGCUCCGAUGGUGUGUGGUGUCUGGAGGGGCAGACGGAGGGCGCGGAGGACAAACAGGGGCAGGGGGAAGGGAAGGGGGAUCGGGAUGGGGAAGGGGAAGGGAAAGGGGAGGGCGAGGGGGAGGAGGCGGAUGUGGUUGUGGUGGAUGACAGCGAGGGGAGUGACGGCAGCCAAGGGAAAAGAGGGGGGGAGCGAGUUGAUGAGACAGAGAAAGGCGGCGAGAAGAAUGGAGCGGGCAGCGCGGGAGGCGCUGCAGGGAGGGGUGCUGCGGCGGGGCAGGAUGCGACGUGUGUGGCGGGGGCAGCGGGCGGAGGUGGGGCGAUUGGCAGGGGUGGGGCAAGAGGAGAGGGGACUGGAGGGAGGGGCGACGGGCGGAAAAGAGGGAAAAGAGAAGGUAUUAGGGAAGGAAGGGUUAGUGGCGGCGCGGCAGGUGAGGCAGUGCAGGGCGCAGGUGAGGCAGUGCAGGGCGCAGGUGAGGCAGUGCAGGGCGCAGGUGAGGCGGUGCAGGGCGCAGGUGAGGCAGUGCAGGGCGCAGGUGAGGCAGUGCAGGGCGCAGGUGAGGCAGUGCAGGGCGCAGGUGGCGAGUGGAUGGCAGCACGGGCGGGGAGCGCAGGGAGAGGGAGGGGAGGCAGGGGGGGAAGGAGGGCAGGGCAGAGCGAGGAGCACAUGAAUGGGGUGAGUGGGGCUGUUAAUGCGGAGGAGGGGGAGGUGGAGAGCGAGGUUGAGGGGGAGGUGGAGGGCGAGGUGGAGGGGGACGCGGACGAGAAUGAGGAUGGCAGUGGGGCGAGCAGUGGGGAGGCAGCAGGUGGAUGGGAUGGCGGGCGGCGAGGCGGUGCAGUGCUGGCGCCCCUCAGUGCUGGCGGGGCUGGCAGAGCCGCCCUCAGUGCUGGCGGGGCUGGCAGAGCCGCCCUCAGUGCUGGCGGGGCUGGCAGAGCCGCCCUCAGCGCAGCUCUCAAGGCGCGCAAGAGGAGGCGGCAGAGGCAGUGGCGCAGACGGAGAGAGGAGGCUGCGAGACAAGGGGGUGAGGCAGGGAGGCAUCACCGCGGGGCAAAAGGGGUCGAUGUGGGGCCGGGCCACACGCAGGCUGCAACACGGCCCAGCACGCCUUCCAUGGUGCCUGUGGGUGGCGGCCGUGCAGUCGCCUCACCCGUGUCCCCCUCGCCCGUGUCCCCCUCGCCUGUGUGUCUCACGCGGCGCCAGCAAAGGCGGCACAGAAAGCGGCAGCGCAUGUUGAUUGAAGGCGCCACCGCAUCGCUCUCCCACCCCUCCCUGUCCACCGCCCUCUCACUCUGA